UGUUUAUCAUACUGUCAUAUUCAUUACAGAUAUUUUGUUGAAUGCUCAAGGUAAAGGAUUUGAGCAUACACAUAGUCUGGUAGUGGGUAAAGUAGACUAACUGUGUAAACAAAAAUGGCUUUAUUUCUGAGGCAAGUUCCUUGUAUAUUGGCAAGAAAUCCAUGUUCUCAAAUUACUAUAAGGAAAAUCUGUAUGGUCAAGCCAUUCUGCACAGGAGUAAUAUUGAAACAGCAACAAGUGCUAAGUCUCGGAUGUUCUAACACCAUGCUAUCGACAAAGAAUCAUUUUUCAUUGUUGAAUAUUCAUCGUUCUAUGAGUUCAGAACAAUCUAUAGAAGAGACAAUAGAAGGUCGUGUUAUGUCAUGUCUCCAGCUCUAUGACAAAAUUAAACCGGAGCAGCUCGCAAUCGAUAGUAAUUUCAUGAAAGACUUGGGAUUGGACAGUCUUGACCAUGUUGAGGUCAUUGUGGCAAUCGAAAAUGAAUUUGCCCUGGAAAUCCCAGAUGCGGUGGCUGACGGUUUAUCUACCCCUAGAAAAAUUGUGGAAUAUAUUUCCGAAAACUCCCGGCAGGAUGUGGAUGAUCGCUGGAAAUAGCGUGGCUCUGGAAGAAAUAUUGAUACAGUAAUAGAUUGUAUUUAAUAAGUUGUUCCAUAUAUAGCGGCAUACUUGAAUGUUAUUUGUCUUGUCUGCAUGGAUAUCUACCAUAAAUUGAACCAAUAUUUGGAAAUUUUUAUUUGGUUUUCUGUUCAGGAUCCUCCUUUGCUAUCCUCCAAUUAAUCCCUACAAUUCACCUUGUUCAUGAAAUUCAAAAGCUGAAUUUUCUAAAUUUGGGUUCCCCUUCAUUUGAGUUAGAACUUACCAUGAAUUUAGAGGUCUUGAUAAUUACUAAGAGAAAAAAAAUGGAGAGAGAUUUAUUGUCGAGACCAUGUUAUUAUCCCUAGUCAAUCUUUAAAGGCAGUAAUGAUUGCUUUUGUGGUUGUAUAGAGAAUGGUUAUCAAUUCAUCAAUAACUAUUGAAAUCAUUAGGUUUAUUGGUGUUUACCUACAUUUGUAUCUGUAUUCAUGUACUAAAUUGCUGUAUUUCUCAAUCAGGAAAAUAUUGAUCAUUUUUGCUCAAACUAUUGCAUUCUUGGUUUAUGGUUCAAUGAUCAGCCAUGCUUUUGUCCAUUGCCAAUGUGUUCCAAAUUGUAUGUUUUUUGCAUUCGGUUAUAACACAUCUAUUGUCUUAGGGAUUGAUUAUUUUCUGCAUUUCCUUUGUUUAG